AUGUCAAACUGCUCCGGCACAACACUCCAUCCACCAAGGAAUGAUGAGCUAGUCUGCUCUGAUGGCACCUUGGAAGAGCACUACCAAGCUGUUCUCGAAACAUUCCAAAAAAUGAAAAGGGGGAACUACAAAGAAACUGACGAGUUCUGCUCUGUGGUCAAGGACUUCUCUUCUUGCGCGCACACUCUUGCGCGCAGUCCCUGCGACAAGCACGCAAACGAAGCCGUAAAAGAUCUUCUGGCCUCAAUAGCGUUCUGUCGAAAGCACUUGGAGCAACGUGUGGACAAGUACAAUGGUAAGAAUGCAGCGAAGAAGAUCCGUCAACAUAUUGAGCGGGUACGCAACGAGCUUCAGCCCCGGACUGAGGCAUCUCUCGAGAACGGGCAUCUGCACUAUCUGGACCCAUCUGGAGGACUUCAGAAAAGCACGAUUAAAAUAUCAUCACCUGGUCGACGAUCUGCAGUCUCUCCUUUCCAACAUGUACCUAGCGCCUGGACGGAUCGACAUGGAUAUCUUGUUGGUGCAACGUUCGAGGGUUUCAUAGGCUUCGUAACUUCCCCUGUAGGCUCUUCAGAUCCCGAAGCUGUCAACAUCUUCUUGCUAUGCUUUCGCUACAUGCAAACCCCACUCCAGGCCUUUAAAGCACUGGUAUGGCGCUACGAAAAUUCGUCAGACACGGAGAUCAAGGCCAUCGUUGCUAAUCUGCUACAGCUUUGGGUAGAGCUUCAUUGGCGCCACGGACACGAUAAACAAGUAUAUGAACCACUACGUCAAUUCGCAUCCAAAUCUUUGCCUCAGGAUUCGCUGCACAUCGAAGCAGCAAAAAUCACAUACUCUCUAGGCGAGAUAGCAUCGACACAGGACGAUAACUACCAUGGACACAGACUGACUCGCAUGGUAGAGCAUAAUCGGCAGUGCCAUCAACUACAUCCACCUUCCCCGACGGACUUUCAGCUUGACCGAAAGACGAAACGGGCAUUGCUCGCCGGCAGAUUUGAGGACAUUAACGUGCUUGCGUUGUGGGGUCUCAAAGGCGCCGAGGAAUUUGCGCGCCAGCUCACCCUUCUGGCUGCCACCUUGUAUGCUAGCUAUCGCCCUGAUGAUGCGGUCGACUUUUGGCGUGUGGCUCCAGAGAAACGUACGGGCGGCGAGACGAUGAGAUCGCUGGUUGUCUUCGAGAAUGCGCUGAGCCUGUGGGCCACCAGUUCCGUAAUAUUACAGCAAUCAGCCUCGGAAUGUGUCAAAGCAUGCGAAUUCCUACUCGACGUGAUUGCGGCAUGUCUUCGCCACCGUAACUUUGGCUCAUCGUGUGCAAUUUUUACUGGCUUACAGCGCAGAUGUGUAGAACGUAUUGUUACAGAGCGCAACGCGGUAUCUGCUAACCAUCAAAUAAACUAUCAAAACUUCAAGCGAUUCUUUGAUAUGUAUGACCAUGCCGAAUACCAUUAUGCGCUCCGCGAGUCUCCUGGCAUGCCAGCCAUUCCCAUGAUGUCUAUCUUCAUUGGGGAUGUCAUCAAGAUAUUCAGUCGCCCUGUUGCAAUCAAGGUGAACAAUACCUCACCGGAGCUUAUUUCCGUCAACAGGUAUCGCGAUUUGACGAAAAUCGUGCAAGCCAUGGAAAUGUGUCGCUCUCCCUAUGCAUUUGAACGUAUCGAACUAAUACAGAAAUAUCUCGAGUACGUCUCUGCAAAAUUCAAUAUGAACGAUACAGAGGAAGAAGCGCUUCUGGCUCGUCUUGGAUAUAGAAGCAAAGAAUUAACAGCGCUGAACAGUCCUUACCGAGGUCAAGCACCUCCAAGUCCGAUUCGUACCAGCUCCCUUCGCAACGUCAUUACAAGUGCCAAUGCACAGUUUAAAGCAGUUUUGUCCUGACGUUGAACUGAACCCUUCUAACUCAGGUUGUCCUCGCAAUAUCGAUAACUAUUGCCAUAUUACAUUGCUUCCUCCCUGACCUGUACCUCCCAGGGACUCCCCACACUCAUUUUCUAUCCCCAACCUCAGUCGCACGAACCUUAAACGUUAAACGAUUCUCUAGAUUUUAUACCUUUGUAUUUGCAUUACACAUCACGUCAGACUUUCCCUGGAUACUUGUCCACGCAUUAUA